CUGGAGGAUGUUGGUGACAUAAUUGAAAAGAUUCGCAUAGGACACAAUGGUAGUGGAGUGAACUCCGGAUGGCAUUUGGACCAUGUGACAAUUCGGAGGCUGUUGCCAAGUGGGAAGGGCUCAGAAACUGUCACAUUUCCAUGUGAAAGAUGGCUUGCAAAGUCUGAGGAUGAUGGCGAGACUGUCAGAGAACUGGUACCCUCUGAUAUUUAUACUGAAAAACUCAUGAAGGAUGGGACACUCAAGAAGAUACGGGAAGAAGUUGAUGAUGCAUUAGAAGUUCACACAUACAAGAUCAGCGUGUUCACUGGAGAUAUCUAUGGUGCUGGGACAGAUGCUAAUGUUUUCCUAAAUAUCUAUGGAGAUAUGGGGGACAUGGGAGAGAGAAAACUCAGUAAAUCUGAAACAAACUUCAACAAGUUUGAAAGAGGACAGGAGGAUACAUUUACUAUAGAGGCUGUGGACCUUGGCAUUUUAUACAAGAUCAAGAUUCGUCACGACAAUAGUAUGUUCAGUCCUGACUGGUUUCUGGAAAAGGUAGAGAUUUUGGAUGAGACAACAGAGGAGUCAUUCGUUUUCCUAUGUGAACGCUGGCUCUCUAAGAAGAAAGAGGACAAAAAGAUAGAGCGUACUCUUUAUGAACAGAGCUACGAUGGUGAGCGAAACAGCCUGGAUGACUGCUCUCUCAGCACGUCAAGUCAGGAUAGCAAUGAGAACCCGAACGAGCCAAGAAAAUCCCGCUUGGUCAAGGCGGCAGAAGAAGGCUCAUUGAUCCCAUACCACGUCACCGUCACAACAGGCACGGAGUAUGACUCCAGCACCGACAGCCGUGUAUUCAUCAUCAUCAUGGGUCCUCAGAAAGUGCAGACGGAGAGGCUGUGGCUGGAUCUUCCAGAAGGAAAAGAUGAAUUUGCAGAUGGCUCUGUAGAGAAAUUCUCUGUCUGGGGCCUAGAUGUUGGGGAGAUCAAAAAAGUGGAGAUUGGGCACGAUGGUGCCACUCCUGAGAGCUGCUGGAUGAUGGAAGAGCUCAACAUUAUUGUGCCCACCAAAGGCGUCAUGUAUAACUUUGUCUGUAAGUGCUGGCUGGCCAGAGACAAAGGUGAUGGGCUCACUUCACGAAUCCUCAACAUCCUGGAUGCAGAAUGUGUUAAUGUUGGCAUCAAGAUCCUCUAUGAAGUCACCGUUGUGACUGGAGAUGUUGAAAGUGGCGGUACUGAUGCCGGUAUUUUCAUGACUGUCUUUGGAUCCAAUGGGACAACUGAGGAGAUGCAACUGGAUAAAAAUGGAGACAGGUUUGAGCGAGGCCAAGAGGACAGUUUCAUUAUGGAGAUCGCUGAUGUCGCACCCCUCAGGAAGAUGAGGGUCCGGAUAGAUGGAAAGGGGACUCGCCCGGACUGGUUCCUGGAAAGGAUCAUCCUGAAGAACCUGACUAAUCAAGAAACGGCCACAUUUACGUAUGGUGAAUGGCUAUCAAAGUUGAAAAAUGAAAAGGGAACCCUGGUGUGUGAGAUGCCAGCUGUCAUAAACGAUGAGCAGAUGAUGGAGGACACGACAUACAGUCUUGAGGUUAAAACCAGUGAUGUUGGAGGAGCAGGCACUGAUGCCAAUGUGUUCUUGAUCCUGUUUGGGCAGAACGGGGACAGUGGGACCCUGGCUCUGAAGGAGUCCAACAACUCUAACAAGUUUGAGAGGAACCAGAUGGAUGAAUUUAGCUUCUCAGACAUGCUGAGCCUGGGAGAUCUCUGCAAAGUGAGGAUCUGGCAUGACAACAAAGGAAUCGCACCAGGCUGGCACUUGGAAUAUAUUGAUGUGACGGAUUCCGCCAUGGACAAGACAUUUCGCUUUCAAUGUGAUCGCUGGCUUGCUAAAAGUGAAGAUGAUGGGCAGCUCAUAAGGGAACUGGCUUGUGCCAAUAAUGACAUCCUGGAACUGAAGGAACGGACUGCCUAUGAGAUUGUCACAGUAACAAGCGACAGAGAGGAUGCAGAUACAAAGGAAAACAUCUGGAUCAUCUUAGAAGGAAAGAUGGGCCGCUCGAAAGAAUUCCUUAUGGAAAACUCCUCCAAGAAAAGGAGAUUUGAAAGGGGAGCAACAGACACAUUUCAGUUUUCUUCCAAGAAUGUUGGUGAUAUUGCAGCCAUCUGUGUUGGUCACUGCCCAAAAGAUGGGAAGAAGUCAUCUGCAAAAGCUGAUGUUUUCUGGCAUGUCCAGGAGAUCAUUGUGACAGAGAUGGAACUCUGCAACAA